GUUUGAUUGAUAUCUUGAACUCUAAACAUCUAUCAUCUACAUACGCCGCAAGUUCGCCCAUCGCUGUCGAUAACCCCAAUAAAAAUGGAUUCAUCAAAAGCUCCUGUCAAACUUGCUAAAGUCAUCAAGGUUCUUGGACGCACCGGCUCCCGUGGUGGAGUCACGCAAGUCCGUGUCGAAUUCAUGGAUGACACUACGCGAACAAUUAUCCGUAACGUCAAGGGUCCUGUGCGGGAGGAAGAUAUCCUUGCACUUCUUGAGAGUGAGCGUGAAGCUCGCCGCUUGCGCUAGAUCCCCCACUUUUGCAACGAUCCAGUCUUAUAUGUUCCACAUGCUCAAUGAGCUUGACAACUUACUAUAUGGCGGUGCCCGAGUGUAGUCAGCCAAUGAAAAUCAUUUAUCGUUCAUCCUACUAUCUUGGCUACCGCGCGGGAAUUUCUCAGUGGUGGUUUACACGCCAGCGGCCACCGGCUCACUACCUCGAGCUCGCUGGCGACAAUAUAUGAAUAUGAAUAUUUUACUAGGGUUCGACGUUGCUGACUUUCACCUUGCUCCGUUGCAUGUGGGUCAUGCCCUUCUUAAUGC